GGGGCGGCCGCCGGGCGCGGGCGAUGGAAACGCACAUCUCGUGCCUGUUCCCGGAGCUGCUCGCCAUGAUCUUCGGCUACCUGGAGGUGCGCGACAAGGGCCGCGCGGCGCAGGUGUGCACGGCCUGGCGCGACGCCGCCUACCACCGCUCCGUGUGGCGCGGCGUGGAGGCCAAGCUGCACCUGCGCCGCGCCAACCCCUCGCUCUUCCCCAGCCUGGCGGCGCGGGGCAUCCGGCGCGUGCAGAUCCUGUCGCUGCGGCGCAGCCUGAGCUACGUGAUCCAGGGCAUGGCGGACAUCGAGAGCCUCAACCUGAGCGGCUGCUACAACCUCACGGACAACGGGCUGGGCCACGCCUUCGUGGCCGAGAUCGGCUCCCUGCGCUCGCUCAACCUCAGCCUCUGCAAGCAGAUCACGGACAGCAGCCUGGGCCGCAUCGCCCAGUACCUCAAGGGCCUCGAGGUGCUCGAGCUGGGCGGCUGCAGCAACAUCACCAACACGGGCCUCCUGCUCAUCGCGUGGGGGCUGCAGCGCCUCAAGAGCCUCAACCUGCGCUCCUGCCGGCACCUCUCGGACGUGGGCAUCGGGCACCUGGCGGGCAUGACGCGCAGCGCGGCCGAGGGCUGCCUGGGCCUCGAGCAGCUCACGCUGCAGGACUGCCAGAAGCUCAGCGACCUCUCGCUGAAGCACCUGGCGCGCGGGCUGGGCCGCCUGCGCCAGCUCAACCUCAGCUUCUGCGGGGGCAUCUCGGACGCGGGGCUGCUGCACCUGUCGCACAUGAGCAGCCUGCGCAGCCUCAACCUGCGCUCCUGCGACAACAUCAGCGACACGGGCAUCAUGCACCUGGCCAUGGGCAGCCUGCGCCUCUCCGGCCUCGACGUCUCCUUCUGCGACAAGGUGGGCGACCAGAGYCUCGCGUACAUCGCGCAGGGCCUGGACGGGCUGCGCUCCCUCUCGCUCUGCUCCUGCCACAUCAGCGACGAGGGCAUCAACCGCAUGGUGCGGCAGAUGCACGGCCUGCGCACGCUCAACAUCGGCCAGUGCGUCCGCAUCACCGACAAGGGCCUGGAGCUCAUCGCCGAGCACCUCAGCCAGCUCACGGGCAUYGACCUCUACGGCUGCACCCGCAUCACCAAGCGCGGCUUGGAGCGCAUCACCCAGCUGCCCUGCCUCAAGGUGCUCAACCUGGGACUCUGGGAAAUGACUGAGAGCGAGAAGGUCAGGUGAGAGGAGGGGGGCACCCCGAGACCUCCAUCUCCUCUGGAGGGACUCAUGGACCCACUUACUGACUGACUGCUGCAAUGGAGAGGAGAGAUGGAGAGAGAGGAGAGAGAGAGGGGGGCACGCGCACAGCCAUGCUACCCACGCACCCUGGCACUGGAGGGAGGAAUAUAUAUAUAGAGAGAGAGUAUAUCCUUGACCCUUCUGUGCUGCCUAGCCACCCUUGUUCUGGAGGAGGAGGAGGAGAAAGAGAGAGAAAGAGAGAAAGCACCUACCCUUUCCAGGUCGUGCCUCCAGCUCCACACUUGGGAGCCAGCGCUCCCCCUCCCCCACAGCAUCCUUCUCCACGGAAGAGGCAGAAGGCCACACUCUUAUGCACUGGGGCUAGAGAGACCCCUCUUUAUCCCCACUCCAUCCCCUCAUGCACUAAGGAUGGAUAAAGACAGACCCCUGAUUCUGCCAUGUAUCAAAAAUAGAUUAUUUUUCUGCUUAUAUAUUGGRAAAAAAAAGAGUGGGAAUGGAGAUGGGGAACAAACAAUAAGAGCAGCAGAAGCAGCUUCCUAGCAACAUUUCCAUAGCCAGCCACCCAGUCCCCCUUGCACCCUGGGCACAGACAGGGCUCUUGGUAAAAACCAUUCCACCUCUGUGCCUGCCCUUCCCCCGCCAACGGGGACUUGUGACAGAAAUACUGCUCCCUAGGUACAUUGAUUUUUUUUUUUUUAAGUGUGUUUUCAAUCUCCAGUUCCGUGCUCUUCUCUGCUGUGGGUGGAUACCACCUCCCACUCUUGCAGUUCUCCCCUGCCCUGAGACUAGGGAUAGCUGCAACCUCUCCUUUUGUAUGUUUCCGUGUCACGCUGCACUAUGGCUACAGAGCAAGCCCAGGCACUCAGCUCUUUCUCGCCAUCUCUCCGCCCUGGAGAGCRAGAUUUCCAUUUGCUCCCUCUCCCGUCCCUGUAGGGACUGGACACGGAUCCGGCUCUCUUAAACCUCCCCCCCGUACCGGGGGAUACCGAGAGUUACCGAGAGAUGCGUCUGCCCUUUCAUCAUUCUCUCUUUUUCUCCCCUCCUUCUCUUUCUUGGCAAUGAGGAUAAAGACAUAUCCAGCUACAUAUCCAUUCCUCUUUGGAUUGGGGGCGAGUGGGUGGAAGGGGUGAGUAGCUCCCCUCUACCCCUGGGACUUGAGGAAGAAUCUCCAGCUUCAUUUCUGCUUCUUUUGAGAUACUGUGACCUGUUUUUAUUUUGAAAUGCAUAAAAAAAAUUACUGCUACAAAAACAGCCUCUUAACUCUCCCACCUAUCCCUUGCUUAUGU